AUGGUUUUGGACACGCCCAGGAACCUCGACACAUCCCAGGCGUCCUCCCUCUUGUACCACAAGCCAUCCACAGAAUGGUCUCAGGCACUUCCUAUCGGCAACGGGCGCCUUGGAGCCAUGGUGCAUGGCCGAACCGACACAGAACUUCUACAGCUAAAUGAGGACUCGGUUUGGUACGGCGGACCGCAAGACCGUAAGCCACGCGAUGCUCUCCAAAAGCUGCCACUUCUCCGGCAGCUUAUCCGUGAGGAACGGCAUGCCGAAGCCGAAGAGCUCAUUCGGACAGCCUUCUUCGCAACACCGGCGAGUAUGAGGCAUUAUGAGCCCCUGGGAUCCUGUUCUUUGGAGUUCGGCCAUGGAAACGUGGUGGACUACGUGAGGAGUCUGGACAUAUCACGAUCAGUGUGCAAGACCUCGUAUACGUUCCACCCGGUGAAGGUCAGGCGAGAUGUCAUCGCAAGUUUUCCAGACCAGGUUCUGUUGAUGAGGGUGGAGACGAGCCAAAAGAUUCGCUUCAUCGUACGUCUCAACCGCGGAAGCGAGAUCGAGUGGGAGACCAAUGAAUUUCUUGACUCCAUCGAUGCGACAGAGAACCGUAUCGUGUUGCAAGCCACGCCCGGGGGCAGGAACAGCAACAGACUGGCUCUGGUUCUAGGCAUCCGGUGCGAUGACAGCCACGAGGGGGGCUCUGUCGAGGCCGUAGGCAACUGCCUGCUUGUGAAUUCUGCUGCAUGCAUGAUCGCAGUUGGCGCCCAGACCACGUACCGGACAGAAGCCCCCGAAAAGGAUGCGGUGGAAGAUGUGAACAAGGCUCUUCGGCAGGGCUGGGAUGACCUCCUCGCGAGGCACGUCGCAGACUAUCGCUCUCUUUACGACCGCGUCAGCCUGCAGAUGUGGCCGGACAGCCCGCAUAUCCCUACCGACGAGCGCAUUGCGAGGCACCGCAACCCGGGGCUUGUUGCACUCUAUCACAAUUUUGGCCGAUACCUGCUGAUUUCGUGCAGCCGGGACGGUCACAAGGCUCUCCCGGCCAACCUCCAAGGGAUAUGGAAUCCCUCCUUUGCCCCGCCGUGGGGUUCCAAGUACACUAUCAACAUCAAUAUCCAGAUGAACUACUGGCCUGUGGCUGCAAGCAACCUCUUGGAGUGUGCUCUACCGCUCGUAGAUCUGCUAGAACGAAUGGCGCAGAGGGGCCGCGAAACAGCACAAACAAUGUAUGGCUGCAAGGGCUGGUGUGCUCACCACAACACUGACAUAUGGGCCGACACAGAUCCUCAGGACCGGUGGAUGCCAGCGACGCUGUGGCCUCUGGGCGGUGUGUGGAUCUGCAUCGACAUGAUGAAAUUGGUGCGAGAGCGGUAUGAUCGAGCCCUGCACGAGCGUCUUGCGCCUGUUCUCGAGGGCUGUGUUGAGUUCCUGUUGGACUUCUUGAUCACAUCAGAGUGUGGCAGAUACCUCGUCACAAACCCAUCUUUGUCGCCAGAAAACACCUUUCUAUCCAACGGCAAACCUGGUAUCCUCUGUGAGGGGUCCACCAUAGAUAUAAGCAUCGUGGAUAUGGCCUUCGAGUACUUCCUUUGGACGGUGGCCAAGCUGUACGGGGGUGAGCACCCACUGGCCGAGAGGGUCCAAGAGGCAAGGCUGCCCCCAGUACAGAUCAACGAGCAAGGCCUCAUCCAGGAGUGGGGCUUGAAGGACCACGAUGAAUAUGAACCAGGUCACAGACACGUGUCUCACCUUUUCGGCCUCUAUCCAGGAAACAGCAUCCGCUCACCCCAGGAGUUGGAAGGAGCAAGGAAAGUGCUCGCGAGAAGGGCAGCACAUGGUGGAGGCCACACCGGGUGGAGUCGAGCCUGGCUGCUGUGCAUGCAUGCCCGGCUGAGAGAUGCUGAGGGAUGUGGCAAGCACAUGGACCUUUUGCUUCGAGACUCGACUCUCCCGAACAUGCUCGACAACCAUCCCCCCUUCCAGAUCGAUGGUAACCUUGGAGGCUGUGCCGGCAUUCUGGAAUGUCUUGCGCGGCGAUGGGAGCCAAGCUUGUACGAGACAGGCGUCACUCUGCUGCCGUCUCGCCCCAAGGAGUGGUCCCGAGGUAGGCUGACGGGACUUCAUGUUCGCGAUGGCUGGACAAUAUCAUUCGAAUGGAGCGAUGGCGAGAUUGUCGAUCCUGUCAUUGUCAACAAUACCACAUCAAACAGUGACCCAUCCAUAUCGAUGGCAGUCAAAUACCCUAACGGAAGGGUGGUUUCUGUGCAAGGAUCAGGAGAGCACCGCAUUACACAAGCUGAUGCCAAUUUCAAGCAUGGAAAAUGCGGUGAUUUCAGGUGA